AUGCAUAUAAUUACUCUCAUCACCAUUCUUGCCUCCUUUACCCUGGCCGAAUAUCGCCCAGAAGAGCGCGUCGUCCUAGCAGACUGCGGUAUCCACCCGCCAAAUGGCGAUUCCACCUCGCGCCAAAUUAUGUAUUACCACGAUGCACCAUGGGCAUUCCAAGGAACACGAGGGAAAUGGGUCACUCCAGAUAUGAUGACUGAUGUCCCUUGGGAUGGGUCCUAUCCCUGGCGAGCAACGGGACUGAAGCGCAAGAUGCCCAAUGGCGACGAAUUCACCAUCGCAAUCAACCCAGCAAUCCCUGAUUCAAACGAUAGACUCGCCGGAAUGGCGGGGCACACCUUUGAACCUCAUGGAUUUUCAUGUCGCGGUCACCACGAACGCGGUAUCUACAUUCUCGACGAUGGCACGGAAUGUGCUUCUGCCUAUAUCUGCGAUCACAAAACCCAGACUCGACCGGGUCCUGCUCCAGCACCGGCUCCGGCGCCGGCUCCUCCAGCUGGGAAGACGACAUCGUCACUAACGCUCUCGUCCGAUGCAAUCUACGUGGACGAUUCCAAUUUGUAUAAGGCUCAACUGAGACUUAUGAACCCGAGUGAUGCCUUUCAUAGCGUUUAUGAUGCCAUUGAGGGAAAUGGAUGCAAGAAAACAGAUUUUGCUAUUUCUGACUCCUGCACCAUAUCUUACAAUUGUAUGUUUGCCGGGACGGAGAACGAUGCAAAGUUUCGUAGCGACGCUGUCGCUAAGUUCUUGCAUGGUACUGCUGGUCCUCAGGUUUCAAAGUCUUGGUAUGAGCAGACUACGUACUCACAGCAGUGGGGAGUUCCCACGUAUUGGAUUGGGUAUAAAUAUCCAAGGAGUGGACAGAUUGUUAUUACUCAUGACAAUUCCAUCCAGUCGCAGCUUUCUUUUGAGGUCAAGUGUAAAGCAAGUUGGUUUUGUGAUGUUGGCUGUACUGGGGUUACUACUGGGAUGCUUGCUUUGGGUUAUGCUCAGGGCAUGGCGCCUGUUGGUGUAUUUGGUACUUUGACUGCUGGUGCUUGUGGACUAUUUUGUUGA